AUGGCGACCUUGACUCAAGACCUUUAUAAUCUCGGGACGCAAAUUCUCAGUAGUAAUAUCAUCUUUGAACUUGCUCGUUACUAAGAAUAAUAGGAGAGGCUUCGAGUGGAAGUCGAGGCCAUUGGGAAUAACCAGGAAUUGACCUUUGAAAGGUCCGCUUUUCAUACCUCAUGAAAGCGAUCACUACGAGACUAUACUAUUACAUCCAGCGUCCUCGAGACUCGCACGUACAGCAUUGAAAGAUAGUAUUCUUCCAAGUAGGAGUGAGUCAGAUGGCCUAUCCCCAAUCUACGUACAUACCAAAAUGCACAAUCAUAGAGAUUGAUCUCUUCGUCCUCCAAAAGAGAUCCAUCGAUCUGGGAGAAUGACGAUGAAUUCAUAAAUUCAAACCUGGUCGGUCAAUGGACCAAGAAAGGACGGACACUUUGGGGGUGA